AUGCAGUCUUCCACUCCGCGCGUAAAUUACGCUACGGGGGAUUCGCACGUUCCAACGUAUAUGGACAACGCCAAGAGCCUCUCUUCCGCAAUGGCGAGGUCAAACGAAUCGCCUGGAAGAGUCGCCGGGACAAGCAGUCGUUCCCGUCUUGCGGAAGACCGGGAACCGCUCCUUGGGUACCCUGAUGAGCGCCAUUCGCCCUCGGAAGGAAACCCCGCAGCCGAGCCUCUUCGUAAGAGAGCCUGCGUAGUCGGCUUGGCUAUUAUUGUUUUUUGUCGGCUUUUCAACACCAUAUUUGCCGCUUGCACGAUAGACAAGGCGAUCAAGGUGAUCGGUGAGGGAUGGAACUACUGGAUCAACAAGUUCCUCUUUGGCAUCUGUUUGGUUAUCCCAAUCUGGAAUAUCUUCGCUCUUACCACGAGUAUUGUCAACUGCCCGUUUUUCUCGAUCUUUGGUCGCAAAAGAGAGGAGUCCGUGAGUAGCUUCAGAGGUAGGCUACGCAUCCGGUUCGCUUGUUAUGACGCAGUUUUGGGCCUGAUUACUCUGGGUCUGCUCCCCAUCGCGUGUUACGCUAUAAGCUCUCAUUGGGGAGAGAGGUUCGUAGGGCUUAGACCGCCAAUUAUGGCGAUGGUGUCGGUCCUUGUUGGUGCGGAAUUAUUUACGGCAAUGAUCCAGCUACAACAAUGA